UCGCCGUCCUUGUCUUGCUCUCUCACAUACAGCCAUGUCUGGUAGCAGCGCAAGGACGCCUCCCCCUCCAUACAGAAAUGACAAUGCCGAAGAGCUCAAGAGAUGUUUCGCGACCCUUCUGAGCGAUCAGCAGGAGAUACAGAAUCUCUUCAAAUCCGUCUCCGGCGAGCUGGAGACAACACCGCAAAUCGGCGAGCAUCACCCUCUCACCGAGGAGUGGAACACUCUGCGUCAGAGACACCGGAGGGUGUACCGUGAUUCGCAACACAACGCUUCGCAAUGCGCAAGUUUCCUCCACAACUUCGUCGAGGUGGUUAUCCCACUCUCGCACUCCAAGAUGCCCUAUCGAGAGAAGAGGAUCAUGGUCACGCGGUUCCUGGAGGCCAUCGCGAUCCACCAAGAGAACGCGAAGAAGACUGCCGAGAAGUUUAACGAGCUUGGCAAGGACGUCGAGACCUUCCAGCUCAAGAUCGCUGCCGCGCUACGCAGCCAGGCCGAAUCACAGGGUUUCUUCACCAAGAUCUGGUCGGGUCUUGAGGAACUGUGCAUGACGAUCUGGCAGGCGCUAUACAAGUUGCUGACACAACUCGUCAAGACGUUUCACCGCCUGCUCUCGGGCAUCAAUUCCGUGCACUUCUCUGUUGGCCCCCUUCGCACGGACAUCCGCUUCCACCCAUACUCAGAAGUCCAGGAAGAACUCAGGAUGGGCACGCGCGGUACCGCCUCCCUGAUCAAGGACGAUUGCCGCGAGCUGACUGAGAAGCUCACCGCGUUCGAGGAUGCCUGGGAGGUCGUGAAGCUCUCUUGCUCCGACCUCCUCAUCAACCUCGCCAUGGCCAAGUCCAUGUCGGCUGUCCCUGCCGCGUUCGACUCCAGCGUGCGUAGCGCCCAGCGAGUUUAUUCGCCCCUGGUCGAAUGCAUGCGUGCCUACUCCCAGAACCGAUCGCCCGAACUCUGAAGACUCUAUGUUGUGUCGGACCAAUUCGCUCGUUAUCGACUAUAUCCCGGAAUUCCUCAUUUUCAGACCUCUCCCGUUGUAACGCCGUUGAUGAUGAUGUCUCAGUAACGACCGGGCGGGUCUGUGACCUGCUGUGAUAUGUAUGUACGUUCCGCUUUCUUGCAGCUGUAAUGUAUACCUGUUGGAUGUUGUUUGUAUGCAUUCUGGCAUGCACCGUCGUCUUCUGCCA